UGGUAUUUGGUAUCACACAAUCUCCAGCUUUUGUAUAAACGAGAGUCAUAAAAGACAAAACAAAUCGCAAAAUGUUUCAAUACGCCGUCGUUCUCUUCGCCCUCAUAGCUUGCGCCGCUGCCAAACCCGGUUUCCUUGCUGCCGCUCCAUUGGCCUACGCUGCUCCCGCCGCUGUGGUUGCCGCUCCAGCUCCCGUUGUUACCGCCACCAGCAGCCAGGUGAUCGCUCGCAACUACAAUGGCAUCGCCGCUGCACAAAUUGUUGCUGCCGCACCAGGAGUCACCCCCGUUGUUGCCCGUUAUGCCGCCGCUCCAGUAGCCACCCCUGUUGUUGCCGCUCCAGCUCCCGUUGUUACCGCCACCAGCAGCCAGGUGAUCGCUCGUAACUACAAUGGCAUCGCCGCCGCUCCAGUUGUUGCUCGUUAUGCUGCUGCCGCUCCUUUGGUUGCGUCUCAUUAUGCUACAGCUCCACUUGUCUCUUCCUUCCUUUGGUAAAUAAAGGAGUACUUAGAGAAAUGGAAAGAUCAAAUGAUGAAUGUGAAAUAAAUAAAUGGAAUUGAAACAAUCUGAA